GUCUGUGAAGGAGAUACAAUAGAAGUUGAGGUAAAAAACAGGCUACCUACAGGAGAAGGAACGUCAAUUCACUGGCACGGUCUUCAUUCAAGAGGUAACCCGUAUAUGGACGGUGUCCCUAUGCUAACUCAGUGUCCUAUUACAUCGAGGACAAAUUUUCUGUAUUCGUUCCAAGCUGAGCCAGCAGGAACUCACUGGUGGCAUAGUGAGGCGGGGACGCAACGUGCAGAUGGUUUAUUUGGUGCACUUAUUGUUCGACAAGCACAGUCACGUGACACACAUUACUCAUUGUACGACUACGAUCUGUCAGAGCACACGAUAAUUGUAAAUGAUUGGUUUAAUGAUACAUUUCUUGAUAAUUUAGCUGAAUGCCAGGCUGUGUGCUCUUUCAAUCCAGACACAGUUCUUAUUAAUGGCAAGGGAAAGUUUGAUAGGGUCGUCGUUGGCCGGAACUCAGCAUAUACGCCUCGAGAGACAUUUUCCGUUCAGCAGAAUUUCCGAUACCGCUUUCGAAUGAUCAGCAGUGGCAUUACCGAUUGUGGACUCACUUUGUCGAUAGACAGUCACACGAUGACAGUUAUUGCAUCAGAUGGCGCACCGAUUGAGCCGAUUGAAACCAAUAAAUUACUAAUCUACGGUGGAGAACGUUUUGAUUUUAUAUUAACUUCAGAUAAA